UCUGGUCAGGCAGGUACCUGGGACUAGGCUCUACCUGGAACAUGCCGUGAGUCAUCCCAAGAUUGAGGAAAAACCAGGCACAGAGAUUCGGGGCUCCCUUGGCCCCCAGCUAGGACUGUCCUUUUGGAAUUACUUAGGUUCGAGCUCAGCAGGGAACAAAAAGGGUUGCUGAUAGGGAACAGAUAGGGAGCAACGUGGGUGCUGAUGACGGACAUGCUGGAAGCUUUGAAAGGCAGCAGGACGAUGGCACGGGAGUGGGAAAAAAAAAGCAGAGGCGUUGGACCUCGAGGGAUUUCCACAUCCCUGCUGACCAGCGACCAGUUUCCUCCUUUUGGGGUGAUGGGCACAAGGCCAAGGGCCCCGGUGAUUAUGGGAGAAGAAAGAGGCUUUUACUGGAUCUCAUAAGCCCAAAGACAUCCACUUUCUUUGAUGCCCCUUCAAAGCCCAGAACGCCCCCACACAGUGCCUGCUUUUUGUUUCUCCCAGUUUCCAGUCCCUGACACACCCACCUCGCCGCCUCCGUUCUGCAGAGUCCCCCAACUGCCAGGCAAUAUGAAGCCUAAACUGAUGUACCAGGAGCUGAAGGUCCCUGUCGAGGAGCCUGCGGGAGAACUGUCCAUGAAUGAAAUCGAGGCAUGGAAGGCAGCAGAGAAGAAAGCCCGCUGGGUCCUCCUGGUCCUUAUCCUGGCAGUAGUGGGCUUCGGUGCCUUGAUGACUCAGCUGUUUCUAUGGGAAUACGGGGACUUACAUCUCUUUGGACCGAAUCAGCGCCCAGCCCCCUGCUAUGACCCCUGCGAGGCGGUGCUGGUGGAGAGCAUUCCUGAGGGUCUGGAGUUUCCCAAUGCUACCACAAGCAACCCCUCCACUAGCCAAGCCUGGUUGGGCCUCCUUGCCGGUGCUCACAGCAGCCUGGACAUCGCCUCCUUCUACUGGACUCUUACAAACAAUGACACCCACACGCAAGAGCCCUCUGCCCAGCAGGGUGAAGAGGUUCUUCAGCAGCUUCAGGCUCUGGCACCCCGAGGAGUAAAGGUUCGCAUUGCUGUGAGCAAACCCAAUGGACCUUUGGCAGAUCUGCAGUCUCUGCUGCAGAGUGGUGCCCAGGUCCGCAUGGUGGACAUGCAGAAGCUGACCCAUGGUGUCCUGCACACCAAGUUUUGGGUGGUGGAUCAGACCCACUUUUACCUGGGCAGUGCCAACAUGGACUGGCGGUCGCUGACCCAGGUCAAAGAGCUGGGAGUGGUCAUGUACAACUGCAGCUGCCUUGCUCGAGACCUCACCAAGAUUUUUGAAGCAUACUGGUUCCUGGGCCAGGCAGGUAGCUCCAUCCCGUCAACCUGGCCACGGUCCUUUGACACACGAUAUAAUCAAGAAACGCCAAUGGAGAUCUGCCUCAAUGGUACCCCAGCUCUGGCCUACCUGGCGAGUGCACCCCCACCACUGUGCCCAAGUGGCCGCACCCCAGACCUGAAGGCUCUGCUCAACGUGGUGGACAAUGCCCGAAACUUCAUCUACAUUGCGGUUAUGAACUACCUGCCUACCAUGGAGUUCUCCCAUCCGCGCAGGUUCUGGCCGGCAAUUGACGAUGGACUGAGACGGGCUGCGUAUGAACGAGGCGUCAAGGUACGCCUGCUCGUCAGCUGCUGGGGGCACUCCGAACCAUCUAUGCGGUCCUUCCUGCUCUCCCUGGCUGCACUUCGUGACAACCAUACGCACUCUGACAUCCAGGUGAAACUGUUUGUGGUCCCUGCGGAUGAGACCCAGGCCCGAAUUCCCUAUGCCCGCGUCAACCAUAACAAAUAUAUGGUGACUGAGCGUGCUACAUACAUUGGAACCUCCAACUGGUCUGGAAACUACUUCACAGAGACAGCAGGCACCUCCCUGCUGGUGACACAGAACGGGCACGGCGGCUUGCGCAGCCAGCUGGAGGCUGUUUUCCUGAGAGACUGGGAAUCCCCUUACAGCCACGAUCUCGACACCUCGGCCGACAGUGUGGGCAAUGCCUGCCGCCUGCUUUGAGGCUCAGCCCGAUGGACAGGCCAAAGCCUUCCAGGCCCCCCUGGACUCAGCUCUGGGUCCUGGUUGCUGUCCCUGUGCUCUUGCUUCUGUCUCUCCCAUUGUGGCUCUAUACUCUCCACUAUAUUCCCAUCGCUACCUCCACCUCCACUGGCCUGACACUCUGGCCCCUGUGGACCUAGCAGAGCUGGGGGAGGAUCAGACCCCAAAGAAGUGGGGGUGCAUGCUGGGCCCAGACCUUUGGCCCACCCCCCAAAGGGGCCGAAAUUAUAAGUAAAUAUUUGUCUGUAUAGCCUGUGCUUAA